AUGGAUGGUAGUCAACAACAGUCGUCAGCUAAUAACUUAAACGGUGGUAAUGGUAGUGCUGGUAAUGGUGGUGAUACUCAACAACAUGGAACAACACAGGACAAAGAAUGGAUGUCGACUUCAUCCGAUGUGAUGAUGAAUUCAUUCUUUGGCACUGGGCUACAUCAACCACAGGUAUCGAAUCUGGGUUUAUCAGGAAAUACCUUUCCAUCGACUCUAACCAAGCAAGACACCGUAUUGAAUACUUUCUUCAAUCAGGAUGUCGAGUGGUCAAACAACGUGUCGAAUCAAUCAAACUUUUUUAUGCAAAACUCACUAUCGAAUGCCGGACACCAACAGAGUUUUGGGUCACUACUCCAAUCUAUACAUCCCAAUGUCAAUUCAUCUACCGCCUCUACAACAACCACCACAACCACAACAACAACAUCUGGUGGUAAUUCUACACUAGGACAAUCUAAUCCUUAUACAAAUGUUAAUUAUCAAUUCCAACAACAUCAACAUCAACAACAAAAUCAACAACAACAACAAUAUAAUACAUCAUCAUCAUCACCUAUGAAUACAACAAAUGAUGACGAUGAAAUUGUAGCUACACCUCCAACUCCAACUAUUAUCGAUCACGAUAGUAGUAUGCAACAACAACAACAUCAGCUAAACAAUCCACCUCCACUCGUUUAUCAACCGAGUUUUGGAAGAAGUGCAUCGGCGUUAAACGAUCCACUGAGUAAUCUGAUACAGAAUGAUCUGGGAGAUGCACAUCAUCCAACACCCAAUGGCGAACCUAAUGAGUAUGAACCACCCACCAAACUGGCACGCACAGCAACACUCCAACUACAGGGCAUGCCCGCCACUUCAACUGCCAACUACUCUGACCCCUAUGAAGAGCAGAUCAGCAAGGUUGCCAACCUCAAUGUACAUCUCAGCUUCUUGCGUUCACAAACCGAAAAACUCGAGGACGACGUCGAAAAGAUGAGACAAUCGUCAUCGCAGAACCUGUCGCAAUCGUCGUUCCUCGGUGGAUUGAAUAAAUACGCUGGAACCAACACUGAAAAGAUAUCACAAGAGUUCUACAAUAACCUGAUCAACCGUUAUCACGAGAGAAACGAACGAUUCCUCAAGGCGAAAGAACAACAGGUCACCGUUAUCACAACACACGACAUCGUGCUGGCAAACGAACUGCACGGUGUCUACACGACAAUGAAGAAGGAGAUCGACGAGGAGAAAGCGGAACUACAGAAUCUGCUGUCGAAAACGAUAUUACAACCACCCGAUCUCCAUCAGAUUCGAAAGACAAUCGAAGGUUUGCAAUCUCACUAUCGUAUCGUCGAUGUACUCUACAACGAACUACAAUAUGUGCUCAACAAGAAGAAACCAGAGAGUUGUUGCGCCAUCAUCCUACUGCAACAACCACCUUCGCAAGUCAUAUUUCGUGGUGGCAAAGGUAUUGCCGAUCCAUACAAUAUCGAGCUGGUCACCGGUGUCAUGAUGCCCGACUCGAUCUCGACGGUGACCGCACAGAUCGACAAGAGCGAAUCGGCCACCAAGAAAGAAAAGUCAGCGGCGACACCGUCACUCGAGAACAACGAAUGUUCACUCGACAAACUGAAAGCAACCUUUACCAACUUGAAAGUCAAUAUCUCCACACGUAUGAACCCAUCGCAUCUCAAAUUCACUGCAACCGUCAAGGACAAAGGCAACAAAGCGAGCAAGUCUAUAGAAUCGGUUCAAACCAAUCCGAUCGUAGUAAUCACCAACGAAUCUCAGUGGUCAGAGGCAGCAGGUAAACUACUGGUCGGUGAAAUCUUUGAAGAUCGCAGUGAAGUCCCAUGGGAACUAUUCGCCAACAUCCUACACAGUCACGUGUUCACAACGACAGGACAAAUUCCAAACGAACCAAAAAGAAAAUUACAUACAUGGGAAUGGGAUUAUAUACAACAAAAUCAUUUUGGAUCGAAAGCAUCUCUUACAAAAACAGAGUGUAAAGAAUUUUGGGCAAAGUUUGGUCCGAUUUUGCAGACGAUUCAUUUCAAGAGACAUAUUUCAUCGUUGUGGUUCGAAGGUUUGAUAUGUGGAUUCAUUUCAAAGAAUGAGUGUAACAGUAGUUUGUAUCCGGCAGAGGAAGGUUCGUUUUUAAUUAGAUUCAGUGAUAGUUUGCCAGGUUCGUUUGCCGUGGCCUACGUUACGAACGACGAGAACGAGCGUGUUAAACAUUAUCUGGUGAGGCCAGAAGAGAUCGGUCCAAACAAAACACUACCCGACUUUUUACGUGAACGCUAUCAAUUCAAGACUCUGUACAAAUUGGAUCCUCCAAACAAACUAAUGAAACCCGUUCCAAAAGAUGAAGCAUUCAAAGAUUUCUAUUCUAAACGUAUAACUAAAGUUGGAAAUCCUGGUUAUGUUUCUGAAGAUUCGUCAAAUAAACAUUACUCACACUUCAAAUUACUCUACUCCACUUCAACAACUUGCCUAAUAAUUAGAAUCCUAAAGAUUAGAAAUUAA